GAGCCCGAGACGCGAGUGUACGCGACGGCGAGCAAAGUGUUUUCAACGCGUUCCCUCAAGAUUUGGUUAUCGAUCGUCUCUAACGGUCCUCGCGCGAGCAUGACGUGUUCGUCACGAAAACAUCUCGAGGGUUUACCGAUACACGUCCGCGUCAGUGUGUUGGGAGCCGAGAAGGACCUUACACUCGCGAUAACGGUCCAGUAGGAGCCUAUUGCUCGCGGCGAGCACCGUCUCUCGGCACGAUGUCGCCCGCUGGAAAUUGCGCCUUGCGAGGACUCGACGCCGGGAUCAUGUCCUUGUGCGUCAUCGGCCUCGGAUUAUCGUACUACGCGUACGUCGUGGAGACGAGAAAGGAGCAGGACGACUCGUACGUGGCGAUGUGCGACAUCUCCGAGAACGUCAGCUGCACCAAAGUGUUCGCGUCCGAGUACGGCAAGGGAUUCGGACUGUUGCCGAAAGAUACGGUGUUCAACAUCCCGAACUCCAUAUACGGUUUGGCAUUUUAUACCCUGGUUGCAGUUUUAAGUAUGAUCAAUAAUCACGCCUGUUCGGCCACCGUUGUCGUUCUGGGGAUACUCUCUAACAUCUGUUCGAUAUACCUGGCCUAUAUAUUGUACGUGUUAAAAGACAUAUGCAUUGUAUGCGUUAGCACGUACAUCGUAAACGCGGCGAUCACGUUUCUCGCCGUGAAGAAAUUCCGAAGAUUGGCCGCAGGCGACACGCACAAGAAGAUGAAAUAAUCUUAAAGUGAUUAAGUAAAAGAUAAAGGGACAUAAUCGCUCAGGUACUCUCUCUUUCAUCACGACGAAGGAGGGUCGAGACAUUUUUGUCACAUUAUACAGUGUGAACAAUCCAAUUGAAAUAUUUUCUGCAUUCACAGUUUACGUAACAUUUGAGAUGAAGGGUUCAACAUGCAACAGAUAAGGACGUUUGUUUUUCUACAUUUAUAGUAUAUUAUUAUAAAUCAACAGUAUGAACAAUAUAAAUAAUAUCGCAUCUAUGUGAAAUACUUAUCUGUUAAUAAAAAUUAUGCUCGGCAACGGACACACAGAAUGCCCCGCGAUAUUUCCUUUCACGACCGUCGUAUUUGUUACCGUGAUUGUUCGGGAGAGGAAAUUAGACUUUCGGUUGCCGAGAAGAAAAUAUUAAUAAGAAGGUGCCGAAGUACAGCGACGCGGAGCAUUCUGUACGCUGUACCGAGAGUAGCAACGGUCUUCGUGUAUUCCGCUUUGUAAGUUUAAUUUAACUGUCGGAAAUACGUGGCACGUUAAGAAUAUACGAAAGAUUUUACAAUAUUUAAGAGGGAUUAGCGACUGUUAUACUUUAAUGUAGUCCCGUACGAUCGAUUUCAGAGGACGUGACGCUCACGUUCUCGACUCCGAUGGAUCCGAUUCACGCUGAAUAAUUCGUGAUGUCGCGCACAUAUCGCGCGGUAGAACUGAAUAUUUUUCUCGUCUACGAAUAAAACGCCGGCUAUAA